GGCCUGUACCAUGAAGCUGGAUUAGCUGGCUAGCCAGGUAAGUUUCAGAUUAGUUUGCGCCAAUCCUGGGUUUUAGGUACUAUGAAAGUUGCUCGUCUUAAAUCAGUCUUCGUUGCCAUGGUAUCUGACGCUGCACGGCUAACCUGCUCCGGGGCAGGUUAUGUUCUGGAUUCGAGAUCUCAGACUGAAGUUUGACCAAUCAGCUGUGAGCAAAGAAAUAUAGGUGACGUAACUAAUCCACAGCGUCUGUUGCAAUGGCUUCACCUUUUCUUCCGAAUCCUGUAGACAUCUCCGCGCAAAUUGUUAGACGAGCACUUCGUAGAGAAAGAGUUUUUAGGGACAGACAAAAUCCCCUUGCUUUCCCUGAGACUUAUUUGUAUGAAAGAUAUAGAUUUUCCGCGGAAGGAAUCUCUUACAUUUGCGAACUUCUUGAGCCUCACAUAAGAAAUGCGACACGUCGAAGCCAUGCCCUUACUGUACCGCAAAUGGUAUGUAUUGCGUUGCGGUUUUUUGCGAGUGGUACAUACUUGUAUGCAGUCGGUGAUGCGGAGAACCUAGGGAAAAACACGGUUUGUCGAACCAUUCGCAAGUUGGUCCUCGCGCUGCAGGGGUACAUUAACAGCUUCAUUGUGUUCCCCGGACAUUUAUCGACCAUGUCCUUAAAAGAGGGCUUUUAUAAAAUUGCCGGUAAGAUAUAGGUUAUUGAUAGAGUGACAUCACAUUAACAAAUUUAACCUUUUACAUUUAAAAAAAAAAUCACUUUGAGUAGCUACCUAAACGUAUUGUACAAAAAAAGUACAUGUUAAUGAUUUUAAAUGUUGAUUAUUAUUUUAAUCUUAUGGUAGGAUUCCCUAGAGUCAUAGGAGCACUAGACUGCACACAUGUUGCAAUCUCCACAGCUCUAGGAGAACAUGAGGCAGAUUAUGUGAAUAGAAAAUCCUUUCACAGCCUCAAUGUUCAGGUAGGCCUACAUGUGAGAUGACUUUAUUUUCAGUGAGAUGAAUCUUUAAAUGAAUAGUAACAUUAACAUAUGAAAAUGAUGUACUGUACAUUUAAUCGGCAGAUGACUUGUGAUCAUGAAUGUAUGAUCACAAGCUUGGAUGCCAAAUGGCCUGGCUCAGUGCAUGACUCAAGAAUUUUCCGUGAGUCUGUGUUGUGUCAGCGCUUUGAGGAAGGGCUUUUUGAUGGCCUGUUGGUAGGAGACAGGGGUUAUGCAUGCCAGAGGUUUUUGCUAACCCCCUAUCCUGACCCUCAGCCAGGGCCACAAAACCGCUUCAAUGUGGCCCUCAGUAAAACCAGGGUCAAGAUCGAGAUGACCUUUGGCAUCCUAAAGGCACGUUUCAACUGCCUUCGGCGUUUAAGAGUGUCACCAGAGAGAGCAUCACAGAUUGUAGCUGCAUGUGCCAUUCUGCAUAAUAUAGCUACAAUCAGAAAGGAGCGAUUACCACCACAGAACCAACAUCUCCCCGAUGAAAUUGACCCAAUCACACUUGACCACCCAGCUGGCGCAGCUGUCAGAGAUGCAAUUACCAUACAAUAUUUCACUUAAUAAAAGCACAUUGAAACUCACAUUGAAAGACAUAGGUCUUUUGUGUAGGUGUUUUAUUGGUUUUGUGGCUAUGGGAGGGAAAAAGAGCAAGAAAGUUGCAUGAAUAAAUAUUCAUAUAUUGUGUUCAUAAAGUGUAACAUGGUUAAUAAAGUUCACAUACUGAGA